GCAGAGGCGGUGGCCCGGCUCCCGGAGGCUGUCGCGGAGCUUCCCCCACGGGUCCCCUGGAAGGGGCGCGGGCUCACCGAUGUCCGUGAGGAGGUGCCUGGUGGGCCUCACCUUUUGCACCUGCUACCUGGCUUCUUACCUCACGAACAAGUAUGUCCUGUCUGUCUUGAAAUUUACCUACCCUACAUUAUUCCAAGGGUGGCAGACCUUAGUUGGUGGACUUUUGCUUCAUGUGUCAUGGAAGCUGGGCUGGGCCGAGAUCAACAGCAGCUCAAGAUCUGAUGUUUGGACUUGGCUUCCUGCUUCCAUGUUGUUUGUGGGUAUAAUCUAUGCUGGUUCCAGGGCACUAUCCAAACUGGCCAUUCCUGUGUUUCUCACUUUGCAUAAUGUAGCUGAAGUUAUCCUCUGUGGGCACCAGAAGUGUUUUCGGAAAGAGAAAACUUCUCCUGCAAAGAUCUGUAGUGCCCUCUUCUUCCUGGCUGCCGCAGGAUGCCUUCCCUUCAAUGACCCCCAGUUUGAUCCCGGUGGAUAUUUCUGGGCUGUAAUUCACUCAUUCUGCGUAGGGGCAUAUAAGAUAUUUCAGAAGGCCCGGAAACCCAGUGCGCUAAGUGACAUUGACCAGCAGUACUUAAACUAUAUGUUCAGCGUGGUGCUUCUGGGACUUGCGUCUCAUCCCACAGGUGACCUCUUCAGCGUCCCGGAUUUCCCGUUCCUGUAUUUCUACAGAUUCCAUGGCAGCUGCUGUGCCAGUGGAUUGUUAGGAUUCUUUCUCAUGCUCAGCACAGUGAAGCUGAAAAGCCUUAUGGUCCCAGGGCAGUGUGCAGCCUGGAUUUUCUUUGCUAAGGUGCUCACAGCUGGCUCCUCGGUAUUGCUAUUUGAUAUGAUCCUGACCAGUGCGACAGUGGGAUGCCUCCUUCUCGGGGGCCUUGGAGAGGCCUUGCUGGUUUUCUCCGAGCGGAAGGGCUCCUAAGGGCACGAAGAGUCAACUCAAAGGCUGCCAGCUGGUGUACUUGGCCCCCCGGCAUCGGAACUCCCUGUGGAGUGUGUCCGAGGCAAGAAAGCAGGGACAGUGAGGCCGCCACGUCUCACUGCAUCAAGGAGAACUCUGUCUGGGGGUCCGUGGGCUGCUGCAGAGAAGGGACUGUGUUGUGUCUUCCUGCUUCGAGAGGCUCCCUCGAGUCCUGCUGACUGCACUGCCCAGUGGGGCAGACCCAGAUCCUGGAGUCCCCCCGAACGGGGCCGGCUCCGCUCCCUUGGACUGAUGCACAGGCCUCCCUGU